AUGGCAAAGAAGGAUAAGAAAAGCAAAGAGGCCAAAAAGGCUCGUGCUGCAGAGAAACAAAAGAAGAACCUUACUAAGGCCGAGCUCAAGGGAAAGAAGCUCGCCAAAAAACAAGGGGGAGAUGAGGAUGAAGAUGAUGAUGAUGACAUCGACACUAUCUUGGCCAAUUACGCCAAGGAGCAAGAGGCAUUCAACGAGGUCAAGGUGGAAAUACUUGCGAAACACCCUACAAAGCGUCUCAAUCCUACUAUGGUGGCUUCUCCUCUCCAUAAUAAACGAGAAAUUAUCUUGUUUGGUGGUGAAACCAAUGAUGGAAAAGCAUCGCAUUUUUAUAACGACUUGUACACAUAUUCAGUCGAUAAUGACACAUGGCGUAAAAUCACUUCGAAAAAUGCACCUUUACCGCGCUCCUCGCAUGCAAUGGUCUCGCAUCCUUCCGGGAUCAUGUUAAUGUUUGGUGGAGAAUUUUCAUCUCCUAAACAAUCUACAUUUUAUCAUUAUGGAGAUACUUGGAUUCUAGAUGCUGAAACCAAGGAAUGGCAAAAACUCGAUCAGAAAAAGGGUCCAUCUGCAAGAUCUGGACAUAGAUUAGCAGUGUGGAAAAACUAUAUCAUUAUGCAUGGUGGGUUUCGAGAUUUGGGGACAAUGACUACGUAUUUGGAUGAUGUGUGGAUCUUUGACGUUACCGAGUUUAAAUGGCAACAAGUUGAAUUUCCUCCAAACCAUCCUAUUCCAGAUGCUAGGUCGGGUCACUCUUUUAUCCCGUGUGCUGAUGGUGCAGUUUUAUAUGGUGGAUAUACCAAAGUAAAAGCCAAAAAGGGUCUACAAAAGGGUAAAGUGUUGAACGAUUGUUGGGUGUUGAAGAUGAAAAGUGAUCCAAAGGGUAUCAGGUUUGAGAGAAGAAAGAAACAGGGCCAAUUACCAUCACCUCGUGUAGGUUGUUCUUUGGUUUAUCAUAAGAAUAGAGGAAUAUUAUUUGGUGGUGUUUAUGAUUUUGAAGAAAGUGAAGAGCAGUUGGACUCAGAAUUCUAUAACCAGUUGUAUUCGUACCACAUUGAAAAUAAUAGAUGGUACAAUUUAUCAUUAAGACCUCAGAGGAAGAAGAAAGAAGCAAUAAAAGAAAAGAGCAGAGAUGAAGAUUUGGAAGAUAUUUUGAACUCGAUAUUGGCCAAAGCAAAUUUGAAUGACGACGAUGAGAAUGAAAAGGAUAUUUCAAAGAAUGGGCAAUCAGCCAAUGACAACGAUGGUGAUGCUGAUGAUGCUGAGAAAAAAGAUGCUGUUGAGUACCCAAUAAUGAAUCAAUUACCACAUCCAAGAUUCAAUGCUACAACAUGUGUGGUUGAUGAUGUGUUGUACAUAUUUGGAGGUAUAUACGAGCGAGGCGAAGAGGAAUUUAAUCUUGAUUCCUUUUAUGCUAUUGAUUUGGGUAAAUUGGACGGUGUAAAAGUACUUUGGGAAGACUUGUCAGAAUUAGACAGGGCUAUUGAGGAAGAUUCAGAUGAAGAGGACGAUGAGGGUGAUGAUGACGACGAUGAUGAUGAUGAUGAUGAUGAUGAUGGAAAUGAGUAUGAGAACGAAAUUGAAAACGGGCAAAAUGAAGAAGAGGGAGAAGAGGAAGAAGAGGAAGAAGAUAUCCUGGAAGAAGUUGAUGAGUUCCCCGAUGCCAGACCAUGGUUACCACAUCCCAAACCAUUUGAAUCGUUGCGUGCUUUCUAUGUUCGUACAGGCGCACAGUUUUUGGAAUGGUCUAUUUCAAGUCAUAGGGAAGCGCGUGGUAAAUAUUUGAAGAAGGUUGCUUUUGAACUUUGUGAGGAUAGGUUUUGGGAAAGAAGAGAGGCUGUGUCUGUUGCUGAAGACAAUUUGGAGGAAAUGGGCGGUGUUGGCGAAGUGAUUGAAAAGGACCCUACAGCAAAGACUUCAAAACGGAGAUAG